AGCGUGGACAUGCGCAGUGCAAUUCUAUAGAUCGAUCUUUUACCGUUUCACGUUUUCCGGCAUUUUUGCCGCACAAUCUAUAUUGUUAUUGGUGUUGAUAAAACACCUUCAAAUCAACAAAAUGGCAGCUGUAAGUUAAUUAUGCAUCUUCUGCAUUAAGUUAAUCUAUUUGGUGUCAUAUAAAAAACCCUAUACAUUUGAUUUUUAUAAAAAAAACUCUCCUCCAUGUUAAGCACAUGUCGAGCUCAUGGACCUCCACCUUCAUGCUCGUCAUACUCAUAAUUUACUUCGUUAUUUAGUUUUAGGCUCGUAACCAAGACAUGUUCACGAUUUUGAGAUGUCUUUAACGCCAAUACCUGUCAGAAUUACAAUUUUAAGAAUCGGGUUGAAAAUAUACAAGUAUAAUAUACAUUCCUUUAGUUUUUAGGCGUUACAAAUAUAGAAUAGACAAACUUGAAAAAGUAGAUACAAAAAUUAAAACUUAAAAAAAACAAAAACAAAUUGCAUAGUUGAAUAAAGCUAAUUUUUAAAAGAAUUAUAACACCAAAAUCAUAUUUUUAGCUGUUGUAGUUUUAAAAUUAUGAAUUUUUAAAGUACGACUUAAUUUGUCCCUUUAUUAACAUGACCGCAUCUCCAUUUUCUGGUACCCAAUUCCGCUGUUCGCGUCACAAGUUAUAUAACUCUUGUUUUAAUGAUGAUUUUAUUUUCAGAACUAAACGCUGUAUUAAAAAAAUAAGUUUAAUAAUGUUAACAAUUACGAAGUGGUUAUGCGCAGCCGACUGCGUAUAACCCUGAGAGUUAUACGCAGUCGGCAAGUCAAGUGUGGUCUAUAUUCUUCCUGUGUUACAGUAUCAAUCAAUAAGGGUGCCUCAUUAUCGGGGUGACUGGGUGGUCGAAUGGUUCAAACUGACCAAACCUCAAGUUGGUAGUCUUGAGUCUUGAGUUCAAUUCCAGCCAACGGCAAGCCAAGAAUACGUGUUAUUUGAUAUGUUUGUUCUCGAGAAUGAAGCAAAAACAACUAGGCAACUUAAUUUUGUUUUGGCUAAAAAAUGUUAAAACAUGAGAAGAAUUAUUAACUAUAAUAAUGUUAUUCUUAUAAUUAUAUAAUGUUAUUCUUAUAAUUAAUAUGUUUGUGUUGUUAACAUAUAUUUUGUGUUGUUAACUAAUUUUGUGGCAGAUAAAAUCAUGUAUCUCUGGUACAGUAAUAAAUAUAAUCAUGGGUUGAGAUUAGCAGUAAAAUAAUUGCUGUAAGGGCAGGGGUUCUGUAGAGGGGGCACUGUAAGUAAUACUUUCACACAGUUAUAGUUUUGCAUGGAAGCUGGAAACUGUUACAUUUAGGUCAUCAAAAAAAAAAAAAAAAAUCAUAAAUGAUGAAUUUUUUAAAAAAAAUAAAUAGAAUGUAUUUCCUGAAUUAGUCAGUAAAACUAACCACAUAGUCAUACUUUUUCAUAGCAACAUAUAAAAACUUAUCAAUCAAAAUACAUAACUAGACUUAGACCAUGGAAAUGCCUUUUAAAAAAUCUUAGACUUAGGCUUAGACUCUAAGAAAUGUAGACUUUGACUUAUACUUAUAAUUAUAAUAUAUAAGAUACAAGCAAUAAUACUAAUAAUAGCACUAAUACUAUUGCUAUCAUCAAUUUCAAUAUUAAUUAAAAUUAAUUCAAUUUUAACACAUUAAAAGUUCUAUUUCAAAACAACCCGUCAUGCAGCUAAUUACGCAUAAUACUUUUUUUGUAAAUUGCCAAACAAGCGAUUGAUAAACCUUAUUUGGCUAAAUUCCUAGCCGACUGCGUAUAACCCUGAGAGUUAUACGCAGCCGACUGCGUAUAACGCUUCCCAAACAAUUAUAGUAUAGUAGGUAGUUGGAUAAAAUUUUCAAAUUGAAUAAAUUAAGAAAUGAACACAUCUGUAUGAUAGUGAUAGCCCUUUUUUAGGUACUUGGAUAUGAUGCUGUUUUGACGCAAUCGCGGCCCAUAUGGUUUUAAGACGAUUUUUUGGAUGUGCUGGAUGAUAGGGUUCACUAAAAAAUUAUUUUUUCGCGCUAGAAACGUCGGAUCAACAAACGAAUUACUGUUCUAGUUACGUUAAUGAACGGGCUUUAAUGACAUCCAUUUUGUUUUCAGUAAUAUCAGUAUCUCGUAAAUAAAAAAAAAUGUGAGAAAGCAGCUAAGUCUAAUUUAUCAAUAUUUUGAAAACUAUUCGUUGUCCCAUUUUAAAUCGACCUGGUGUACCUGUAGAAUUGUAUCAAAAAUGACCAUGUAAAAUUUCAAGUCUCUAAGAUGGCCAUAACAAUGUUUUUUUUGGCCAGAACUGGUCUAAAACUUGGGGGGGAAAAAAAAAUGGCCGAAAACGAAAGUGACAAACCGGAAACAGUAUUAUUUAACUAUAGUUGACAGAUAAGAAAGCCCAAGAAAUUUUAUAAUGCUUAACUCAUUCCCUCCGGCAGCGCUGCUUCCGGACUUAAUUUAUUUUCCUGAGAAAAGGGAAGCAACUCAGUUUUGAAAUUGAUUUAUAUUUUUAAAAUAUUUUUUUAAGUUGCUAAAUAUUAUUUAAUGUUAAUGAAUUAAGAACAAAUGCAACAAAAAAUGAAUAAGGUUUAAUAUAAAUAUAACAUUAGCGGGGGAAAAAUAACUAACAAUGGCCAAAAAAAUCGAUUUUCGGCACCUCGGACGAACACAUGGUACAUAUAGACGCGCCGUACUAAAGCACACGUAGUUUUAAAGUGAAACAAGAUAAAAACUUCCGGUUUCUAAAUUAAAAUCACGCAGAAAUCACGCCAUAGCCGGAAGUCUCGAGGGGUGCGAGAUUUCAUUGCCAUUUUUAAACUAAAAAUAAGAGAGGUGUGUAACUAUGCGCCGGGACGCAUUUGGACGCAUCAGGAGGGACCCCCCGAGGACGCAUUUAGUCGCAACCGUCGGGAAUGAGUUAAAGCAAUCAAGUUCCAUCUUAAUUAAUAUUAGGUUUUAUUGUAAUAUCUAUACACUGUCACAGAACGGUUGUUACGGAGGAGGGCUCCGGUCCUGACUUACCACAAACUGUGUUGACUAAGUAGUGGUCAGUACAGGACCACUCCUCUCUGUGAUUUAUAUGGUGGGUGUCUAGGCGUUGAGACAGACAAAAGUACAACGUAGACUUGGACGAAAUGCAACAACUCAAACUCCUGGUGUCCAACGAUAAUGAAAGUGUUUAUUUGUAAGAUAUAAGUUCUUCUAGUCAUCUGUCAUCUCCUGAUCACUAGCAACUAUUCCCUAACAACUGCUUGAUUCUAUCGUAGCUCUUUUCUCUCUCUUCCUCCAACUACGUCGUACCUCUGUUCCCUCUUCCUCAACUAACUUAACUCAGUGAAAGCUCCCUCUUAUAUGUGGUUCUCUACCCCACAUAGGUGGUCCAGGAAUGCUAUCUAUAAACACACCCAUGCCCCCUAAUUUCCGGGCAAUUAGACCUUCCCAUUGUUAACCCAAAAAUUAUCAUGCGAAGUCUGGAAAACCCGAACAUACUAUUAUCCAAAGAAACAAUCCCCACUAUAUCAAGAUGUGAGAGUCUAUUAACCUUAACUUAACCCCAUUAACAGCAGUUUCCUUCCAUCCUAUAAGUUACCUUUGUGCGGCACCCACCCCCAUCGCUCCCUUCUCCAGCGUGGUCAUUUGUGACAUACACUAAUAGACAUAUUAACUAAUAUUUUAUCAGAUAUUGCUCCAUUUAAAACUAAAUCAUAAUUUUUAUUGUAAAAUUGCCUCUAUAAUAUUUCCUUUUUAAAAAUAAAUUACAUUUGGUCUUAAUUUUUUUUAAUACUUUUUUAUUAUUUUUUUGUGGAAGUUUUUAUAAUGACAUUAAAAAUGUUUUUAAAAUAUUAUAUUUAAUUUUUUUAGUUUUUAAAUCAACAAAGAUGUUGCUAAUACGAUGAUUAACACUUCUGGAAAGUUUCACAAUAUUUGUUCACUCUGCUAUAAAGUUAUCAGCCUUUUCGUGAAAAUUAAAAAAAGUGAGUUUUUAUUCAUGAAAAAAAUCAUAACAUUUUAACCAAAAGUGCUACAUGAAAAAUGAAAACAUAUUAUUACUUCAUUUAACAAGAGCUAUCUUACAGGUGUGUUCAUUUUUUAAUUUAUUCAAUUUGAAAAUUUUAUCCAAGUACCUACCUUGUUAUAUGAAGUAAUAAUAUGUUUUCAUGUAGCACUUUCGGUUAAAAAGAUAUGAUUUUUUUUGUGAAUAAAAAAUCACUUUUUUUACAUAGAGAUUUGUGACCUCUUUUCAAAUUUUUUUUUACGAAAAGGCUCAUAACUUUAUAGCAGAGUGGACAAAUAAUAUGAAACUUUCCAGAAGUGUUCAUCAUCAUAUUAUCAACAUCUUUGUUGCUUUAAGAACUAAAAAAAUUAAAUAGAAUAUUUUAAAAAUAUUUUUUAAUGUCAUAAAAAAAAUUUUUUUUUAAAUUUAAAAAAUAAUCUAAAAAAAAUUAGACCAAACGUAAUUUAUUUUAAAACAGGAAAUAUAACAGAGGCAAUUUUACAAUAAAAAUUAUGAUUUAGUUUUAAAUGGAGCAAUAUCUGAUAAAAUAUUAGUUAAUAUGCAGCAGUAAAUGUUUUUCUGGUGAAUUUUGUUAGUGCAUUGGUUAUAUUGGUUAUUUUUUCCCAUUGUUUAUAGAAAAUUAAAUAUUUUUUUUAAUGCGAUAGCUACAUUGUUUAAUUUUUAAAAUUUUAUUGCAAUAUAAUUUCUAUGUAUAGCGCACACACAUUCUCAUUCCAACCCACUUCAUGUGCUAGGCCCCCUAGUCCCAAUCAUGUGCUAGGCCCCCUAGUCCCAAUUCUAUGACUCCCGUGUCCACAUUUAGCCAUAAAUUCUCACAACUGUCAUUGUAACUGCACCGCGAUUUUCCUCCCCGCUGGCGUCCUUUAACUUGAUCAGAGGCAAUAUUUCGGACCUCACAUACCUGUAGCCUACUGAUUAUCUCAGACAGAAAUCGUAGUUUAAAAAUAAAAUAUUUCUAAUUGUAUCAAAGAAUAAUGUUAAAAUAUCUGUAAUUUAGGGUUAGGUGCAAUUCUGCUCUUCAAUAUUCCGCUUUUUGUAUGACGUGACAUUGAGGACCCCCUCCCCAUUGUCACACAUGGUCAUAAAAAUCUGACCCCCACUAAGCGCGUGACGUCAUUUAUGGAUGGCCCCUAGUGCAAAAAUGGAGAAAAACUAUUUUUUUUUAAUGGCAUGAGACAAUGCAUGCUCAACUGUUGCGCACUGCGUCACAGAUUGCGGCAUUUUAUUAUUUUUUUAGGAUCUGAGAGGGCCUUUGAAAUCUAUUUUUACUGCUGUGCGAUUUUUAAUACCCCUGUUUGAUUCCAACACUCUUCUUCUUUUCUUUCACCCAUUUACAGCUUUACUGUAACUGUAGUUAUUGGUAGACUGAUAAUUUAAUGGGAGUUAGAUUUACUCUUUAAUAUUAUACUUUGUUAAAAAAACAGCUUUUCCUAAAAAAUAAAUCUCAAGUUCGUGGGAUUUGUAAAUGACAUUAUCAUGUUAUAAAAUUCUUAUUUCCCUAAAUUUUAUUUUAUGCUGAUCUGACAUUAAAUUUCACCAGUAAGUUUAUCUGGUUAAUUUACGCUAUCCAUGCCAUGACGUUUCCCACGGCCACCACCUUGGUUGCCAUUACCCAUGACACCUAUGCAAAAAAAAAAAAACACUUCUGCUAAUAUGGUGAGGGCAAAGGCAGAAAAUGUGCUGGUUUAGCUAUUUACCUAGAGAAACCAAAUUAAAAUAGGACAAUAAUGUUACAAUUUAAUGAAAGAAUUUCCGCAGGUACAUAAAUUUCGAGGGAAGCUAAGCUACUUUAUUGUAUUCUUCUAGAUAUUCUGCGCUCGCUCUCUUUCAGCCAUAUUUUCAGCUGGUACAUUCUCCAUUCCCAAAACUAAAACACAUAUACAGCUACAAUUGAGUUACACACUUUGAUUUUUUUUUAAAUGUAGAAAGGAAGAAAAACUAUCCAAAAUAAUUUUAAAAAUAAUGAAAACGCAACUUACAUUUUCAUAGAAUACACUUUUAAAAAACACUUUAUUUCAGGUUCCCCCAAAAAGAAUAUCCAAAAGUAGUCUGAAAAAUCAAUACAAUGUACUCAUUUUCCAAAAUGUCACAAAAUGUAAAUGUUAUGAUCAACCAGCCAAUGAAAUUUUAAUUUAAAACAUUCCAAUCAUAUGAAAUUAAAGAAAAGUGAUCUUUACUAGCAACACAGGGGUAAACGAAAGGGAGAGAAGUCUACACUAACAAACCUUAACUUAUAACUUAUGGUGCAGAUAGUCUAAAUUAGCCAUUAGCCCAGUCAUCUUCUUUUGAUGCGAGUACUUAUUUUAACUUAAACUCGAGGCUCUCUACUACAUCAUCAACAUGCCCGUAUACAUAAAAUGCUAUAUACCGGUAAUAUAAUAUUUACAAUGUAUUGUGUUUACAUAUUUGUGACAUGGUAGUAGUAUUAAAGCAUAUAUUCCAGUUGGUGCCAUUUAGACUUCCUAGCUAGACAUAACCCUAUUUUAAAAUAAAUUAUUAAAUUGAUAAAAACAAAAAGCCUAAAAUGUAGGAACUUUCGUCAAACUUUGUUUUAGUUAUUUCAAAAUAUUAUCAAUAUAGUACAGUAUUAUAAAGUAAACUUAAAAUAAAAAUUGGUACAAUUACGCUAUCUGUGCCACUCAUUUCCCCAGUUUUUUUAACUACUUUUUUCCCAUGGCCACUAUCUUUCUUGCCAUGACAUCACUGCAGCAAUGGUGGUAGGGGUCGCAAAACCUGUCCCCUUUGCCUAAACCUGUAUUUUCGAUAUACCGGAAUCUGGGUAUUUUCGAUAUUUAAAGAAUUUUUAGUCAAGAUUCAAGAUUAGAGGUUAGGAUUUAUCAAUGAAAUAAAAAAAUUCAGAAAAAAUAUCGCAUUUAGAUUUUUAUUAAUCUUUUAACAAUAAUACAAAUGUUUAACUUCAGACUUGAAUCUAACGAACAAAAAUAAUAUUCUUAACGUUUCAAUUUAAAUAGAUUUAUUUAUCAAAUAUUAAAAUAAUUGGUUUUGUUUUAAUCUUUGGUCAAAUUUAAAUAAUGAAAUUGUAAAAAUGACCAAGUGUAUAAUGUUUUGUCACUUAACUUUGACCGCAUAUGGUUAAAAAAUUAACCUGAGGAAGAGAACACCCGCUCAAACUCCACACUGGUCGGAGGAAUAGACCUUAGGAUAUCAUACUCAUUUUCUAUAUAUUUUCCUCUUGAACCGCCAUUCUUAAAGCCAUUUCUAUUUUUACCAAUGUAAUAAUGUCCCCAUCCUUUUUUUUUGGAAGUAUUAUCCAGAGCCUGAAGUUUCUUUUGGAUUUCAAAUUCUAAUUGUCUCUUAAGCGGCAGUGUAACUUCAAGUUCAUCUUGCUCAGAUCCAAGAUGUUCAAUUUCUAUGAUCAUAGAUAUUUCCAACGAGGAAGCCGCUGCCUGACCAAGCUUUUGAAUAUCCACGAUAUGUUUUCGCAUCUGGUCGAAAUCUGGCCAUAGUAGUAAGCCCAAGUAAUCACUGGAACAUGCAGACUUUAAAUGAGAGUGAAGGCCUGAACUUGUACCUCCCAAAGUUUUAAGUAUCUUGUUACAUCUAAUACAUUUAGCUGUGAGAGUGUCCGUAGCUUUCAAGAAAUAAUACCAAACUGAUGUCUUUUGUUUCCGAUAGUUUCAUAUGCUUUUCAUAUUUAGGUGGGUUUUUUUUCAGGGUCCCCCAUUUCUUUCUAUCAACCUGAAGGGACAUAAAUCAUCAAGAAUAAAAUAUUAAUUCAAUCAAAUUGGUUUGACGUGUACAACUUUUUUUUUUUAAUGUUUAAAUUUUCAUGUAAAUGUUUUUAAUAAGUACGGUACAUACAAACUGGGAAAUUUAGCCUGGGACAAAAUAGAUCGAAAAUCAAUUAUGAGGUGAAUGUAAAUCAGUAAUAUUGUUAUCACAAAAUAGAAAUAACUUAAUUUUUCUGUGUCUUAGACUUAAGGUAUUUGAAUCAAAAUACAGUUUGCUCAUAUUUUUAAAUAUGUAGGUUUUUUGGCAUAAUUAAAAGAAAUCAAGCAAUCAAAAAAAAAUGUUUAUUUAAAGUUGACCCCGUGAUUUGAGUACAAAGUGUUAUUAUUUCCAUACAAACUCUUAAUGGAAGUCAAAAUUCGAUCUUCAUUCUACUAUAAUAAUCACUUGUUUGUCAAUAAUAUGAAAACAUUUACUUAACAAUCCUGUACCUUCACGCCAUGGCGCGUCUCCACUUACACACUUCACACGCACGAUGUAAAAAGAAAACUAACCAAAACGUCAUGAUUCUUGACAAAUAAAGAGUACACAGAUUCUGCCCGUCGGUCGGCUCCCUUUGAACUUGAGACUGAGACAUGUUGUGUGAGGGAUUAGCAUAUCUUAUAAAUUAUUGAUAUUUCUUGCUUGAAUUACGACAUGGAAACUAAGAAAACCGAUUUUUAAAAAAUUGAAAAUGAAAUCCCGGCAUUAUCGAAAAUCCUGGUUCUCAUUAAUCCAACCCCGUUUUUUUCUAGUAUCAAUUAGGGUCCCGUAUUUUCAAAAUUCAGGAUCCCAGAUUGCAACCCCUAAAUGGUGGUGGUUGUCUUUAAAAAAAAAUUAGGACAAAAAACAUCUGCUAAAUAAGGUAAAGGGAGAGGAUAUUUUGUUUUAACCACUUACCUAGAGACAAAAAUUAGGACAACACAUUCAAAGUUAAUGAAUAGUUUUUUUAGAAAAACCUACAAUCCUUGAAAUCUAUAACUCUAUUUAACCUGAAUGCUAAGUCAGUAUCCAUAACUCGAGCAUAAAUUCCAUCCUAAAAAUCUUUUUUGCAUACCUUCUGUGUAGAUGGCCCCUCCUGGCAUUUGUUUGCUUCGAUACUGCAUGACAUAAUUUUACAUUUAAUGUCUAUCACUUUUGUUGUCACAAUUAUUGCAACAAAAGUUUGACUUCUCAUUUCUACUGGUGACAAUGUUUGAUGAUUGGCUAUAGUUGUCUAAGUCUAUUGAAAAUUGACACUAAUUUAACUAAUUAUAUUUGUUUUAUUUCUCCAGACGCUGCCUAUGAACCCGAAGCCCUUUUUAAAUGGGCUUACGGGAAAACCAGUCAUGGUGAAGCUAAAAUGGGGAAUGGAAUAUAAAGGAUAUCUCGUCUCUGUUGAUGGGUACAUGAAUCUCCAGGUAUGAUAAAGAAAAUACUAUUUUAAAAGCUUUCUCUACUUGCAUUUCCAACUUGUGGGGUGUAAUCUUGUGUGUGCAGCAUCGUUUAUUUACACACAUGACAUUUUAAGACUUUCUCAUGCAGUUUUGACUUUAAAGUCUCUAUCAAAGAGUUAAAAUGCACUAAAAUUUUGAAUAUAAUUUUAAAUUUUCUAAAAAUGAAUUACACAUUCAUAAUUGGUUAGUGUUUUCCAAUGCUAUUUUAGUUAAAUUACUCAUGUCCAAACUCGGACAAAUUAAUUAAAUACAAUACAUUAUUCUUAAAUCAGCACACAAAUUAACGCUUAUGGAAAUAAUGCAAUUAUGCAUGCCUGUUGAAUAUAAUUUAAAAAUAUUUGGUUUUGCUACUGCUUCAACAACCAUUUUUUUAAUUUAGUGUCCUAAAAUCUUUCUCCAGUUAGCCAAUACUGAAGAAUAUAUUGACAGUCAACUUGCUGGAAAUCUUGGAGAGGUGCUUAUCAGGUAAGGUUUCGCUAGUUCAUGUCAUGAUCUAUGUUUGUUUGUAUCGUUGUGUCAUGAUUUGUACCAGUGGAUCUUUUUGAAAUUAGUUGCCUUGUUACAUGCCUAAAUGUUCACCUAAACAUUAAUUUUUCAGAUAAUUCGAUACUAAACAUACUUCCAUUUUUUAAACAUUUAGUGUCAGUAUUUUUACUUUGAAUAGUUUAAUUGUCCUGAUAUAAUUUUCAUUGAAGUAUUGCGAUAUCAUCUCCUGAUGUAUUAUAUUAUAACUCCUUUUCCAUUUGAAAAAGUUCAAUAGCAAAUUAAACUGUGUCAGUAAUGGUGCAGUUCUUUCAAUAGCUUGAAACGUGUCAUUUCAAUAAAAAAAAACUAUGGUGAUAUUUUUAAGCACAGGCUAAAUUUGCAAUAAAAGUAUUUGCUUCAAUUUACCUAUAUUAUCAGUGUUUUGUACUAGGCAAAGAAAAGAACAUGUAUUUAAAAACUAUGGCGGCCAAACUGCUUGUAUUUGUCAAAACCUAGUUUCAUAAAUGUUAUUAUUCUUAAGUUUUUGUUGAUUUCUCUUCCUCACACCCCCCCACCCUCUGAAUUAUUACUAUUAGUUUGUAGUUUUUGCGCUACUAAGUUUUAUACUCUUUGUAGUAUAUUACACUUUCUGGGUUAAACCAACACAUAGAUAUGCUUAAGGAUUAUUUACAAGAUGUUCAAUGUUGAUGAUAUUUAGGCAGAGAUAAAUAACUGCUUUAUAAAGCAAUCAACGAUUAGUUAAACUUGUUUUACUUUGUCAUUUUAGGUGUAACAAUGUUCUCUACAUCCGUGGUGUUGAGGAAGAAGAUGAAGAAGGCGAGACAAGAGACUGAAUGCACUAAACUCCGUAUAAGGCAGUUCAAGAUCUCUUAAAACCUGGGCCCUUGAGCUCUUGUUAUUCUUUUGUGUUCUGUGUUCAUUUUGUGUGAGAACCAUGAUGACGUUACAUGUAUACAACCUGACUUGAUACCAUGAUGAUACAUAUUUUUACAUUUGAAGUUAUUUCAUUGUCUCAUUGAUCUAUUCCAUAUUCGACUUAGUUGUUGGCUAGUUAGUUUUUCACUCUAGCUUUAGUGCGACUUGAUGUUCAUUGGUGUUUUGUGGCUCCAGGCAGCCAGUACUUGUAUUGCCAUUCAUUAUUUCACUGCAUUUAAUCUCAUCGCUUCAACUACAACCUGACUAUAAAACCAUAUAAACUCAUAGCUAAGUGUGCAUAUCUCAUAUUCUGUGUUUAAUGUUCACUUUAUGUAUCAUUGUUUCAUAUUGUUACAACCUGAUUAUAUCAUUCAUUUUUAAAUAUUCAUUUUAUUGUUCAUAUCUUUUUGCAGCUAAACCCAUUUCAAAAUCGGUCUAUACAAAAUUUAUAUUAUAUUGUAAGGAUUGUUAAAUUUGAAAGAAGGGGCUAAUCAAUUUUAGAGGUUCAAAAUAAUCAUUUGAAGCAACUUGUUUCAUUAGUAAAUCAAUUUUUGGGUAGUUUGGUAAAUGAUCAACAUUUUUAUCAGCUUUAAUCUAACUUAUGACAUAAAAUGACUUGAUGUUGUUAUUUCAUCUUUUCUUCAUUGGGUGUUGUAUUUUCAUAUUAGUUGUUGAUGUAACCAUGAUGAAGUAAGACACACAAAAACCUUCCAGAAAUACACUUUUGAUAUUUACCACUUGAUGAUAAUACCAUUUAUCACACUAGAGGGUUCGUGAGUUAGUAACAUUGGAAUCAAAACAGAACUUGUGGUUAGAACUCAGAUUUUGUUAGAAUCUAACAUCAUUCCAUUUUUUAACUGGAGUAUUUUUAAUUUGGCAUCAGAAUAAAAUUUUAAGUUUAAUUUUAA